AUGAAUCCAUUUACUAUUCAUUCAAAAAGUCAACCUAAUUGUCCAUUCAUACGUUCUAUGAUACCGAUUUCAUCAUUAAAUGUACUGGUGCCUAACAUGUUACCAACAAAUACUACUCAAAAUGCAUUUGUACCGGCUGUAGAAGAAAAUAUUUCUACUUUUCAAAAGAUAAAAACGAUGGACUUUGGAUCAGUAUCAAAUGCUAUACUGGAAGACGCUUCACUUCGACAAGUGCGAAUACGUACUUUUUCUCGUUGGUCACAUCGUACUGUUCCAUCAAGUACACAAAUGAUUGAAGCUGACUUCUUUUUCUUGCAAUGUUGGUGA